AUGGCGAGGACUCAGCACUUUCCAGUGCAGGCAAGCAUCCCAAUCUACUCGGUCGCAUUCGUCGAGGACAAUGUCAUUAUCUACUCAGGCGGAGGAGGCGCUGGUCGCUCUGGUGUCACCAACGCUGUCGUCGCAGCACGCAUAGACCUAUCGGAACAGACGAUGCACAAGUUAGAUGAAGUCAAGCUCUCACGAGAUGAGGAUGCUCCGAUGGCCAUGUCGGUCAACCCGGCCAAAUCGCAGCUCGUUUGUGGAAUCAACAACGCUGAAGAACAUGUCAAACAAGGCAACAACCAUCCCAUCCGCAUCUUUGACUACUCUCUGCUCUCAUCCACUCGACUAGAAACAUCCGGAGCGACCAAGGAUCCAGAGCCGGCCCCUUCCGCGGACAAAGGCAAAGCCAAGCAGCAAGACGUCAAGGUCGAGCUUCACUUUAGCCGAGCCGUCCAAUCCUUACAUAUCCAAGAUCCAAAUGAAUACGUCAAAGUUGUCUCUUUCAGUCCCAAUGGUCGUAUGCUCGCUGUCGCCAGUACAGAUGGUCAGAUUGCCCUCCACCGAUACCCGUCUCUCUCUCCCAUCUGGAACCAUGUCGGCGAGCCUUCGUCGUCCGUUCUCGCUGCUGCAGAAGCCAAAGAAACGUCCAUCUCGAUCCCUUCGCAUGACUUUGACAAGAGCGAGAUCUAUGACGCCGACUUUUCGCAUUCCAAUACUCACGUCGUUUUCACCUCUUCUUCCAAGCUCAUCGUUUACGCCACGGAUCCCUUUGCAGAGUCGAACGCGGACGAUGCAGCCACUGUUGCCGAGACCUCAACCGAUGCAGCCGAGGGAUAUGCGCAGACCAUCCAGACCAUCAAGAAUCCUGCGCUGGGAGGCAAAGGUCCGUGCUCCUUCCGUGCUGCGCGGUUUGGUCGUGGCGAAGCUAGCAAGGAUAAGCUCUUUACCGUCGUCAAUGCUGCGCAGGCAGGAGGUAAAGGUGCCAAGGCCAAAAUCCGCAAGAGUUUCGUCACAGCGUGGGAUGCAGAUUCGUGGGAUCUCAUCGAAACACGCCACGUCUCCGAUCGACCCGUCACCGUCUUUGACGUCUCUCCGGAUGGAAAAUUCUUGGCAUACGGCUCGUCGGAUCUGUCCAUCGGGGUUCUCGAUGCAAAAACAUUACGACCCGUCCUCAGGAUCCUCCACGCGCACGACUUCCCACCGACGUGCCUCAAAUUCAACCCUGCUUCCAACUUGCUCAUCUCGGCCAGCGCCGAUAACACGCUCCGAGUCAUCCGCAUCCCGCCAAAGGCACUCUUGGACUCCGCCGCGAACACAGGUGGCGCGCUCGCUUUCAUCUCAGAAACAAGGCUGGGCUUCUAUACAACCAUCUUCCUCUCGCUCCUCAUCGCCGCUUUGGCUUUGUGGUUUCAGCGCAGGUACCUUAUCAACUAG